AUGGAACAGAUCCGUCACUUCAUGGGUUCUGCUCUUGAGGCGUCCACUGCCGAUGCGAAGAGAUCGAUCGACAAGUCACUCGCCUUUCGAGGACCGCAAACUUUCGUCAAAAUUCACAUUGGACCGGGAAACAAGAAAGAGAGCUUCAUGCUCCAAAAGAGCUUGAUCUGCUUCCAUUCGCCCGUUUUCGAUCGCGCUUUCAAUGGCUCAUUCCUCGAAGGUCAGACUCAAGAAAUGACUAUGGAGGAUGUUGAAGUUGAGAUCUUUCACUUGCUUGUGACCUGGAUGUACUGCGGAGAGAUCAGAGAGGUUCUUGAUCGUAAUAUGGCAAUCAACAUGGCCAAGCUAUGGGUACUUGCCGGGCGCUUCCUCAUACCUAAGCUUCAAAACCAGGCUAUCAAACACAUUGGAAAUCCCGAUUAUCUUGGGUCAGCCAUUACAAUCGGUACCAUUAGUGUUCAUAAGGGUACGUUAGCUCGCCAAAUAGUCGGAGAGUUUGUCCAAUACGUUGCCAACGAGGUGGACCCCGAAUCUCCCUUGUAUCGAUACUGUGUCAGGACAAUUUUGAGUAAUUGUAUCCUCGAGAUGGGAUCAACAAGUCAAGAGAAGGUGUCUAAAGGUAGACUACAGAUCGGUCUGGCUCUGGAAGAAGUCAUGGGCAAGUCAAUGAUGACCGAUCUUGUUAAGAGUUUGAUGGAGACACUUGAAGGCCAAAUUAAAGACAUAAAGUUGACAGCUCUAGACAUGGAAAGUUACUUUGUGCUCGAAACCUGA